ACCCAAGGUUCUAUUGACAUCAUGCCUCUGGAUGGAGAUGGAGAUGGAGAUAAAAGGAGGAUCUUUAUUUCAGCCACUGUAGCAAACUAUUUUGGGCUUUCGUCAUAUACAAGCCUUGCCCCUCUUUCUUCAAGUCUUGAACUGGGCAACUUCUUGGAUGAUGGCAAUGAAUUUCUUUUAUGUGUACAGCACUCACACGAUCAGAUUCUUGUCUCCAACAAGGUUGAAGCUGGCAAUUCAGAAGAUAAGAUGUUGGUAUUCUUCAAGCUACGGCCAGAUAUUAUCACAGAGGAUAACCUUCAUAGCAAUAUCCUUGUAUCAUCUAUGUUAGAUUCUCCUGUCAAUAUGCUUUAUCAAGCAUUGCGGCAGGUAUUUGCACCAGUGUUGUUGAAGGAUGAGAAAUGGAGCAAAGAUUUUGAUCCUAAACUCCAGAAUCUUUUACGGGAGUUGGAGGCUGGCUUAGGUUCUGUUUUGAGGAGGACGGAUGCUUCUUAUACAGGCAACAAAUACAAGGAAGAUGAUGUUCAAGCAAUACUUUCUCCCAAUGAUGAGUUUCAAUUUUGGACAGAGCGUGCUCAACGUGGAAGCAAGUCAUCUAGCAAGGAGAGAGCCUUGCAUUUUAAAGAUCUCUUUGAAGCCAUCACAUAUGAUUAUUGCAAUUUGGACAGUCUAUCUUUAUUUGAGGUGGUGGAUUUAGUGGAGACGACACGAGAUACUGUUGAUGAUGUAUGGAGACAAACUGAGCAUGAACCUUUUCCACAGCAGCGCAUGCAAAAUCUUUUAGAUGUCAUAGCUGGAUCUCUCGGAAGGUUUGUCCAGAAGAAGCUGGGAACCUUUAAUCUUUGGGAGGAUUCCUUUCACAUUGUGAAAGAAAACCUGAAAGCUGGUAUCACAAUUUGUGAACAGUGGAUAUCAGCCUGUGACCAUCUUACAGGACAGCUGUGGCAGCGUUACACUCCACAUUUGUGGCAAGCUGAAAAAUACAUUCCUGAAGCUCUAGGCAAGCUCAGUAAACGCCUCGAAGAGGUGCUAUCCAUUAGAACACUUCAUGAGAAACUGACCUAUUUUUUGCCAACUGGUGAACAGCAGGCACUCCACCUCGCCCAAGUGUUUGAGCCUUUUGCUGGUUUGAAUCCUGUGCAUUAUAAUCCUUAUACAGAGCCAUUGUGGAAAGCAGCUGUGCGCCAGUAUGAACGAAUUAUUGCUCCGGCUGAACAAAAAAUAGCAAGCAAAAUGAAAAUAUUUAUUUCAGAAAUUCAAGAUAGCCCACAGCAGCUACUUCAGGCAUUUCAGAAAUAUAAGGAGUUAGUAAGACGUCCAAGCAUUAGCAAAGAAUUGCUUUUAGAAAGAGAAACAUUACUGGCAAAACUUCAAGACUCAAUCAAAGAUUAUCAGGCAGACUUCGAGACACGUUGUCAUGGCACUCCGGGGGAUGCAUCAGGGCCACUUUCUGGCAAAAAUCUUUCUGAAGUGGUAAACAAUAUUGUUUGGGUGCGACAGCUACAAUUAAAGGUUGAUGAUGCCAUUAAGAUUGCAGAGGCCCUUCUUUCAGAUCUGUCUGGAUUUCAGAAUUUCCGACGAACUGCCGAUGAGCUUCUAGAGCAAUUUAAAGUAUAUGAGCAAGAACAAUUUGAUGACUGGUCAAGGGAAAUUCAGUCAAGUUUAUCAAACCCAAAGUCUGGCAUUUGCAUACAGGCCAGCAGUCCCGUUAUGGAACUUGACCAUUCUGAUGGAGCAUUAAAAAUACAUUAUUCAGAUCGUUUGGUGACCCUCCUGAGAGAAGUGCGUCAGCUAUCUGCCCUUGGCUUUGUUAUUCCUGCAAAAAUACAGCAAGCUACAAAUACUGCACAAAAAUUCUGCAAACAAGCAGUGAUUCUUAAACAGGUGGCACAUUUUUACAACAGUAUUGAUCAGCAAAUGAUUCCAAGCCAGAAACCAAUGAUGCUACAGUCUGCUUUAGCGUUUGAGCAGAUAAUUAAACAUUCAAAAGCUGAAGGACAGAUAACAUGGGACAACCCUAAAGAGCUAGAAGCAUAUAUCAAGAAGCUUCAAAAUGCAGCAGAACGGCUUGCCACAGAAAAUAGAAAGUUGAGGAAAUGGCACACUAAUUUUACAGAAAAGGUGGUUGGCCUGAUGAAUAUUGAUCUGCUUCGGCAACAGCAGCGCUGGAAAGAUGGCUUGCAGGAACUCCGAGGAGUUUUUUCCACCCUUGAGACACAGGGCUUCCAUUCACAUGAUAUGAAGGCAUGGAGACAACACUGGAACCAUCAACUGUACAAAGCUCUGGAACAUCAGUAUCAAAUGGGAUUGGAGGCACUGAAUGAAAAUUUGCCAGAAAUAAACAUUGAUCUAACUUACAAGCAAGGGAGACUACAAUUUAAGCCUCCUUUUGAAGAAGUACGAGCAAGAUAUUACAGAGAAAUGAAGAGAUUCAUCUCUAUUCCUAACCAGUUUAAAGGUGUGAGUGAGACAGAUGAAGAGUCCAUUUUUUGUGUCAUGACUGAACGAAAUGCAAGUGGAUUUCUCACCACUUUCAGUAAAGCAGAGGAUCUAUUCCGAAGACUGGCAGAGGUUGCAGACCAAUUCAAGGAUUGGGUUAUAAUUGGACAAGUGGAUAUGGAAGCUCUAGUGGAGAAUCAUCUUUUCAAUGAACAAGACUGGGAAAAAAAUUUCAAAGCCCUAAAAGUGAGAGGAAAAGAAGUGGAACGCCUUCCAAGCACUGUGAAAGUAGAUUGCAUAAUAGUAAACUGCAACCCUGUGAAGUCUGUGAUCGACGAUCUUAUCCAGAAGUUGUAUGAUACUCUUGUGAUGUCUCUAAGAAAGUCCAUACAAGCUCAUUUACAUGAUAUUAAUUCAUUUCUCAAUGAUGCCAUGAAAAUUUUGGUAACAAGACCCCAAACUGUGGAUGAAAUCACAGAAGAUAAUUUGAAAUAUAAAACCCUGAAAGAAAAAAAAGGAGAGGUUUUUUCCUUCUUUCAAGAAGCAGAAGGUAAAAACAAGCUUCUGAGGACUGUAGCUGGUGGGGGCAUUGAAACAAUCGGCAAUCUAAGAGCUACAUGGGAUAAAUUUGAAUUAAUGAUGGAGAGUCAUCAGCUUAUGGUUAAAGAGCAGAUUGAAGUGAUGAAAGGUAAUGUGAUGUCACGUGUGAAUACCUACCUUCAAGAACUGGAGAAAUUUAAAGCUCGUUGGGACCAGUUAAAACCUAGUGAUGAUAUCAUUGAAAGUGGACAUCAUGAUCUGCUGCAGAAAAGUGCUGAGACUAUAAAGGAAAAGAAAAUUGAGUUUGAUGAACUUGAAGAUACAAAACAAAAAUUAAUAAAUGACUGCCGCCACUUUGAAUUGGAAGAGCCUGAUUUCGCUUUAGCCAAUGAAAUCCACAGAGACAUUGAUUCUUGUUCAGAAGUCUGGGCUCUAUAUGAAGAAUUUCAGGAAGGUUUUCAAGAAAAGGCCAAUGAAGACUGGAUUACAUUUAGGAGCAAGACCUACCUCUUUGAAGAAUUCCUGUUGAACUGGCAUGACAAAUUAAGGAAGAUAGAGGAACACACAAUUAUGACUGCGAAACUGCAAAAAGAAGUUGACAAAUAUAAGAUGACACUUCCUGUUUUGAAAUAUGUCAGAGGUGAGCAUUUGUCACCAGAUCAUUGGUUGGACCUCUUUCGUAUUCUUGGUCUUCCUAGAGGUACUAGUCUAGAGCGACUCGUGUUGGGAGACCUCCUCAAAGUAGCAGAUAUCAUUGUGGAAAAAGCAGCAGAACUUAAGGAUUUGAACAGUCGUGCCCAUGGUGAAGUUACCAUCAGAGAGGCCUUACGUGAGCUUGAGCUUUGGGGAGUUGGAGCAGUCUUCAUGUUGACAGAUUAUGAAGAUAGCCAUGGCCGAAUGAUCAAAUUGAUCAAGGACUGGAAAGACAUAGUCAACCAGGUUGGUGACAAUCGCUGCCUCCUUCAGUCACUAAAGGACUCUCCAUAUUACAAAGGAUUUCAAGAUAAAGUUUCUGUGUGGGAGAGAAAACUUGCUGAACUGGAUGAGUAUCUACAGAAUUUAAACCAAAUUCAGAGGAAAUGGGUCUAUCUGGAACCCAUUUUUGGCCGUGGAGCUUUACCUAAGGAACAAGCACGCUUCAACAGAGUAGAUGAAGAUUUCAGAUCAAUAUUGAUGGACAUCAAGCUAGACAACCGCAUAAUAUCAUUGAAUCUUCGAGCAGGAAUAAGAAAUGCCUUGAUAACUAUUCUCGACCAGCUUCAGAGGUGUCAAAAAUCCUUAAAUGAAUUCUUGGAGGAAAAACGUUCUGCGUUCCCUCGAUUCUAUUUCAUUGGGGAUGAUGAUCUUUUGGAAAUCUUGGGGCAGUCCACUAAUCCAUUAGUUAUUCAGUCUCACUUGAAGAAGCUUUUUGCUGGAAUCCACAGUGUGAGCUUUGAUGAAGAUUUUAAACACAUCAUUGCAAUGAAAUCUUUAGAAGGUGAAAUUGUACCUUUUAAAAAUAAAAUCCUUUUGUCCAAUGAUGUUGAGGUUUGGCUACACAAACUGUCAUUAGAAAUGAAGGAGACAUUGAAACAACUAUUGAUUGACUGUGUAACUGUUGGAAAAAAAUCACAAGGGUCGAUUGAUCCGUCACUUUUUCCUUCUCAGAUUCUUUGUUUAGCUGAGCAAAUUCAGUUCACAGAAGAUGUUGAAUAUGCAAUUAAGGAAUGCAAUUUGCAACAGAUAGAAUUAGAACUAAUGGCUAAAUUAGAACAUUAUACCAGCAUAGACACCAAUACAGAAGAUUCAAGUAAUGCAGAGACUGGAAUUCUUGAGCUGAAGCUUAAAGCUCUUAUUCUUGAUGUUAUUCAUAACAUUGAUAUCGUACAACAACUAAAUGAGGCCCAGACCAACAGUGUAGAUGACUGGGCUUGGAAGAAACAACUCAGAUUUUAUCUUAAAGAUAAAAAAUGUUACAUUCAAAUGGUGGAUGCUGAACUGCAGUACACAUAUGAAUAUCAGGGUAAUUCUCCAAAGCUUGUUUACACACCACUGACUGACAAAUGUUACCUCACGCUUACACAAGCUAUGAAGAUGGGCCUUGGAGGAAAUCCUUAUGGUCCUGCUGGUACUGGGAAAACAGAAUCUGUAAAGGCUCUUGGAGGUUUGCUUGGAAGACAAGUUUUGGUUUUUAAUUGCGAUGAAGGCAUCGAUGUGAAAUCAAUGGGGAGAAUCUUUGUUGGUUUGGUGAAAUGUGGAGCCUGGGGCUGUUUUGAUGAGUUUAAUCGCCUGGAGGAAGCUGUGCUCUCUGCUGUAUCUAUGCAAAUCCAGACGAUUCAGCAUGCUCUGAAGAAACACCGACCUGUGUGUGAAUUGCUUGGAAAGGAGGUUGAUAUGGAUCAUAAUUCUGGAAUUUUUAUCACCAUGAACCCUGCUGGAAAGGGCUAUGGAGGCAGACAGAAAUUGCCUGACAAUCUCAAACAACUUUUUAGGCCUGUUGCUAUGACCCGUCCUGAUAAUGAGCUCAUUGCAGAAGUUAUUUUGUAUUCAGAAGGUUUUAAAGAUGCUAAACCUCUGGGAAGAAAAUUAGUAGACAUCUUUAAUUUAGCAAGGGAGCUCAUGACACCUCAACAGCAUUAUGAUUGGGGCUUGCGAGCGCUGAAGACUGUUCUGAGAGGAUGCGGUAAUCUUCUUCGUCAGCUGAAAAAAAAUGGAAUAAAAGAGAAAGUUAAUGAAAGUCAUAUUGUGGUCCAAGCUUUGCGACUUAAUACCAUGUCAAAACUGACAUUUGCAGAUUGUGCACGAUUUGAUGCAUUGGUAAAAGAUGUCUUCCCUGGUAUUGAUUUUAAGGAUGUAGAUUAUGCUGAGCUAAACAGUGCUUUAGAAGAAGCUUUUGAGGAGGCUAAUUUAGAAAUCAUAUCUACCCAGGUUAAGAAGGUUUUGGAAUUGUAUGAACAACUACGUCAGAGAAUGGGAGUAGUUAUUGUAGGCCCAAGUGGGGCAGGCAAAUCAACUCUCUGGCGUAUGUUAAGGGCUGCACUUGGAAAAAUUGGGAAAGUAGUGAAACAAUAUACCAUGAAUCCCAAAGCUAUGCCUCGCCGUCAGUUGCUGGGACAUAUUGAUAUGGACACCAGAGAGUGGUCAGAUGGUGUACUGACAAACAGUGCUCGGCAAGUAGUACGAGAACCUCCAGAUGUUACUUCGUGGAUAAUCUGUGAUGGUGAUAUUGACCCUGAGUGGAUCGAAUCUUUGAAUUCUGUCCUUGAUGACAACCGUUUGCUUACUAUGCCCAGUGGUGAAAGAAUUCAGUUUGGCCCAAAUGUCAAUUUUAUCUUUGAAACACAUGACUUGAGUUGUGCUUCUCCUGCCACAAUAUCUCGAAUGGGAAUGAUUUUUCUAAGUGAUGAAGAUACCGAUCUGAAUUCCCUGAUAAAAUCUUGGCUUAGAAAUCAAAAUGAAGAAUGCAGACAGAAUCUUGAAAACUGGAUUGGAGAUUAUUUCGAAAAAGCUUUGAACUGGGUCCUAAAACAGAACGACUAUGUGAUAGAAACAAGUUUGGUUGGAACAGUGAUGAACGGACUAUCUCAUCUCCACGGAUGCACUGAACGUGGGCAGUUCAUAAUUAGUCUGAUAAGAGGGCUUGGUGGAAAUCUCAACAUGAAAUCACGGCAGGAAUUUACAAAAGAGGUUUUUACUUGGGCACGAGAGUCUCCACCAAAUCCAAAUAAACCAUUGGACACCUAUUUUGAUCCAGAUACACAGCAUCUGAUGUCAUACUUGCUCAAGAAGCCUGAAAACCUGACUGCUGAUGAUUUCAGCAAUACUCAGACUCUUCCAGUCAUCCAAACACCUGAUAUGCAAAGAGGCUUAGAUUACUUUAAGCCAUGGCUAGGCUUUGAUAGUAAACAACCAUUUCUUCUUGUUGGGCCUGAAGGAUGUGGAAAAGGAAUGCUUCUUCGAUAUGCCUUUUCUCAGCUUCGGUCUACUCAGAUUGCCACAGUUCACUGCAGUGCGCAGACAACAUCCCGGCAUCUUCUGCAAAAAUUAAGCCAAACCUGCUUAGUGAUCAGCACCAAUGUGGGGCGAGUGUACAGACCGAAGGAUUGUGAAAGGCUGGUUUUAUACUUAAAGGAUAUCAAUUUACCCAAGCCUGAUAAAUGGGGAACUAGCACACUUGUGGCUUUCCUGCAACAGGUGCUUACAUAUCAGGGAUUUUAUGAUGAAAAUCUUGAAUGGGUUGGAUUAGAAAACAUCCAGAUUGUGGCUUCUAUGUCUGCUGGAGGAACUUUGGGAAAGCAUAAACUCACCUCCAGGUUUACCUCUAUUGUUCGUCUUUGUGCAAUUGAUUAUCCAGAGAGAGAUCAACUACAAACAAUUUAUAGUGCGUAUUUAGAACCUGUUCUGCACAAGAACUUAAAGGAUCAUCCUGCUUGGGGUUCCUUAGCAAAAAUUCAUCAGUUGGCAGGAUCUAUGGUUCAAGUAUAUGAACAGAUUCGUGCCAAAUUCACAGUUGAUGACCACAGUCACUACCUCUUUACACCCUGCAUUCUUACUCAGUGGGUUCUAGGCUUGUUCAGAUAUGAUUUAGCAGGAGGGGCUUCAACAAACACUAUAGAUACUGUAUUGGAAAUUGUUGCUUAUGAGGCGCGCCGUCUCUUCCGUGACAAAAUUGUUGGAACCAAGGAACUUUAUGCGUUCGAUAAUAUUUUAAUGAAAGUAUUCCAAGGAGAUUGGGGAUCUGAUGUUUUGGACAAUAUGGCAGAUAGUUUUUAUGUAACAUGGGGAGCUCGUCAUGAAUUGGGAACUGUUAUGGCACCAGGACAAACACUGCCACCCCAUGGAAGGCCACUUGGUAAACUUCACUCAGCAGACUUGAAAGACGUCAUCAGAAAGGGCAUUAUUCACUAUGGGCGAGAUAACCGUGAAAUAGAAAUGUUGCUUUUCCCAGAGGUCCUUGAUUAUGUAUCCAGAAUCGACAGAGUCCUGAGUUUUCCUGGAGGGUCCCUUCUGUUAGCAGGGCAUAGUGGAGUGGGCCGCCGGACUGUGACAUCUUUAGUGAGCCACAUGCACGGGGCAGUUCUGAUAACUCCCAAGAUUUCCAGAGGCUAUGAAACGAAACAAUUCAAAAACGAUCUCAAACAUGUAAUGCAGCUCACAGGAAUUGAAGCACAGCAUGUUGUGUUGCUGCUUGAGGACUAUCAAUUUGUCCAGCCCACAUUUCUUGAGAUGGUUAACAGCUUGCUCUCUUCAGGUGAGGUUCCUGGAUUGUACACAACAGAAGAAUUAGAGCCUCUCCUAUCCCCUCUGAAAGAUCAAGCAUCACAAGAUGGAUUUACUGGACCUGUUUUCAACUAUUUCACUUACAGAAUCCAGCAGAAUCUUCAUGUUGUUUUGAUUAUGGAUUCUACCAACAUGAAUUUCACAAUAAACUGUGAAAGUAAUCCCGCACUUCAUAAGAAAUGCCAGGUGCUUUGGAUGGACAGUUGGUCUGAAAGCAGUAUGAAAAAGAUACCUGACAUGUUAUUUUCUGAAUCAGAUGAAAAAAUAGGAAAAACACCAAAAGAGCGCACAAAGAGGAAUUCAGGUGAUUCUGAAUUCUUAAAGUCAUUUCUGACGAUCCACGAGUCAUGUAAACAACAUGGAGCUACACCCAGAAGAUACAUGACUUUCCUGCAUAUGUAUCGUGCUAUUCACAACAGCAAAAGGACAGAGUUAAUAAAAAGGCAAAGUCAUUUGCAAGCUGGAGUGGCUAAACUGAAUGAAGCCAAAGCUCUUGUGGAUGAAUUAAACAGGAAAGCUGAAGAACAAAGUGUAUUGCUUAAAAUGAAGCAAGAUGAAGCUGAUGCUGCUCUUCAAGAAAUCACCGUUUCUAUGCAGAAUGCAAGUGAACAAAAAUCUGAAAUGGAAAAAAUAAAGCAGAAAAUUGCACAAGAAGUUGUAAAAAUUGAAGAAAGAAAAGGAAUAAUAGAGGAUGAGCUAAGGGAAGUUCAGCCACUUGUACAUGAAGCUAAAUUAGCUGUUGGAAAUAUCAAACCAGAAUCUUUGUCAGAAAUCCGCUCCUUACGUGUACCCCCUGACAUAAUUAGAGACAUACUGGAAGGGGUCUUACGGCUUAUGGGUAUUUUUGAUACAUCAUGGGUGAGCAUGAAGAGUUUCCUUGCCAAAAGAGGUGUCAGAGAAGACAUUGCAACUUUUGAUGCUCGAAAUAUUCCGAAAGAAAUUCGUGAGAGCGUAGAAGAACUUUUAGCUAAAAAUAAAGCAUCUUUUGAUCCAAAGAAUGCUAAGAGAGCCAGUGUUGCAGCUGCACCCUUAGCAGCAUGGGUGAAGGCAAAUGUUCAAUACUCCUACGUCCUGGAGCGAAUUCAGCCUCUGGAAACUGAACAAGCAGAUCUAGAAGCUAACCUCAGGAAAACAGAAGAAAGAAAACAAAAGCUGGAAGAUUUGGUUAAUUCUGUUGGUCAAAAGGUGGCUGAAUUAAAAGACAAGUUUCAGGCUAGAACAAGCGAGGCAGCUAAGCUUGAAACAGAAGUUGCUAAAGCACAAGAAACUGUGAAAGCUGCGGAAAUAUUGAUUAAACAGCUUGAUAGGGAGCAUAAGAGAUGGAAUGCACAGGUUUCAGAGAUAGCUGAUGAAUUAAGUACACUGCCAAGGAGAGCUCAGCUAUCUGCUGCUUUUAUUACUUACCUUUCUGCUGCUCCAGAAGAUCAAAGAAAAACAAGUUUGGAUUCAUGGACAAAAUCGGCUGGACUAGAAAAGUUUGAUCUUAGGCGGUUCCUAUGCACGGAAAGUGAGCAGUUGAUUUGGAAAGGUGAAGGUUUACCUUCUGAUGAUCUAUCAAUAGAAAAUGCUCUUGUGAUCUUGCAGAGUAAGGUUUGUCCAUUUUUGAUAGACCCUUCAUCCAGAGCUACAGAAUGGCUGAAGACACAUUUGAAAGAAUCACGUUUGGAAAUCAUCAACCAGCAGGAUGCCAACUUCAUUAAUGCUCUUGAACUGAGUGUGCGAUUUGGGAAAACCUUAAUUGUACAGGAAAUGGAUGGAGUAGAGCCUGUUCUUUAUCCAUUGCUCAGGAAGGAUCUUGUAGCACAAGGACCACGAUAUGUUGUGCAAAUAGGUGACAAAGUAAUAGACUACAAUGAAGAAUUCCGGCUAUUUCUGUCAACACGAAACCCAAAUCCUUACAUUCCACCUGAUGCAGCUUCUAUUGUUACGGAGGUUAACUUUACAAUAACACGAAGUGGCUUAAGAGGACAGCUUUUAGCUUUGACAAUCCAGCAUGAAAAGCCAGAUUUGGAAGAACAGAAAACAAAGCUAUUACAACAGGAAGAAGAUAAGAAGAUACAAUUGGCAAAACUUGAAGAAUCACUUCUGGAGACUCUUGCAACUUCUCAGGGAAACAUACUGGAAAAUAAGGAUUUGAUUGAAUCCUUAAAUCAGACUAAAGCAAGUAGUGCGCUCAUCCAGGAAUCACUUGCUGAGUUUCACAGACUUCAGAUUUCUCUUGAUCAGGAAAGGGAUGCCUAUCUCCCUCUGGCUGAAAGUGCCAGCAAGAUGUACUUUAUUAUUUCUGACUUGUCCAAAAUUAAUAACAUGUACCGUUUUAGUUUGGCUUCCUUCCUGAGACUUUUUCAAAGAGCUCUACAAAGUGAACUGGAUUUGGGAAAUACUGAGGAAAGAAUAAGAUCUCUUAUCAGCUCAUUAAAACACAUGGUAUAUGAAUAUGUCUGCCGCUGUCUGUUUAAGGCUGAUCAAAUAAUGUUUGCACUGCAUUUUGUGAAGGGAAUGCAUCCUGAACUUUUUCAAGAUAAUGAAUGGGACACAUUUACUGGCGUAAUUAUUGGUGACAUGUUAAGAAAAUCUGAUUCCCAGAAAAGCGUUAGAGACCAGAUACCUUCUUGGAUUGAACAGGAAAGAACCUGGGCAGUAGCAACACUGAAGAUCUCUCUCCCAAUUCUGUAUCAAACACUUUGCUUUCAAGAUGCACCACUGUGGCAGACAUUUUCACGGAGCUCAAUGUGUGAACAAGAUUUUCCCUCUAUUAUUGCAAACAGAAUCUCACUCUUUCAACAGGUUCUUGUGGUCCAAGCUGUCAGACCAGAUAGGCUGCAGAGUGCAAUGGCUCUUUUUGCAUGCAAAGCUCUAGGGAUUAAAGAGUUGUCCCCGCCACCGCUAAAUCUGAAACGACUCUACAAAGAAACACUUGAAAUUGAACCCAUAUUGAUCAUUAUUUCUCCUGGGGCCGAUCCUUCCCAGGAAUUACAAGAACUUGCAAGUGUUGAAAGAAGUGGAGAUUGCUACCACCAGGUUGCUAUGGGCCAGGGCCAAGCUGAUCUAGCUAUUCAGACUGUGAAAGAAUGUGCAAAGACUGGAGAAUGGCUUUGUUUGAAGAAUUUGCACCUUGUUGUGUCAUGGCUUCCCAUAUUGGAAAAAGAACUUAACAAUUUGCAACCUCAACCUGGGUUCCGUCUUUGGUUGACUGCUGAAGUCCAUCCCAAAUUUUCUCCCAUUUUGCUUCAGUCAAGUCUCAAGAUUACCUAUGAGGCACCUCCAGGUCUAAAAAAGAACUUAAUGCGCACAUAUGAAUCUUGGACGCCAGAGCAAAUUAGCAAAAAGGGUAACUUGUCUCGUGCCCAUGCUCUUUUUAGCUUGGCUUGGUUUCAUGCAGCAUGUCAAGAAAGAAGGAAUUAUAUCCCUCAGGGUUGGACUAAAUUCUAUGAAUUUUCUUUAUCUGAUCUUCGUGCAGGGUAUGACAUUAUUGAUAGACUUUUUGAUGGCGCCAAAGAUUUUCAGUGGGAAUUUGUGCAUGGCUUAUUGGAAAAUGCCAUUUAUGGAGGUCGUAUAGAUAAUUACUUUGAUAUGAGAGUCCUUCGAUCCUACCUAGAACAAUUUUUUAAUUCCAGAGUCAUUUCUGACUCAAAUUUCCGGGGUAAGAAGAUGAGCAGAUUUCCAUAUUCCAUCUCACUGCCCAGCUCCUGCAAUAUAUUGGAUUACCGUCAUGUUAUUGAAAGUCUUCCAGAAGAUGAUAAACCUGAUUUCUUUGGCCUACCUGCUAACAUUGCACGUUCCUCUCAACGGAUGAUCAGUUCUCAAGUAAUUUCACAGCUUCGGAUAUUAAGCAGGUCUGUAACAGCUGGCUGCAAAUUUGACAGAGAAAUCUGGUCCAAUGAACUUUCUCCAGUUCUCAAUUUAUGGAAGAAGCUUAAUCAGAAUUCCAACCUAAUUCAUCAGAAAGUGUCUCCUCCUUCUGAGCGCCAAGGGUCUCCAAUCCUUUCAUUCAUUAUUCUGGAACAGUUCAACGCAAUUCGCUUAGUUCAGAGCAUUCAUCAGUCUCUAGCGGCUCUUAGUAAAGUCAUCAGAGGAACCUCACUACUGAGUUCAGAAGUACAAAAACUAGCAAGUGCCUUAUUAAACCAGAAGUGCCCAUUAACGUGGCAGAGCAAAUGGGAAGGCCCAGAGGAUCCUUUACAAUAUCUCAGAGCUGUUGUAGCAAGAGCACAUGCUAUUCAGAAUUGGGUAGGUAAAGCAGAAAAGCAGACAUUGCUCUCUGAUACUCUAGACCUUGCAGAACUCUUCCACCCAGACACAUUUCUGAAUGCUUUACGACAAGAAACUGCAAGGGUAAUGACUUCUUCAGUAGACAGCCUAAAGUUUACAGCAUCUUGGAAGGGUCAGAUAAAAGAAGCAAAACUCCAAGUUCAGAUCAGUGGCCUUCAACUGGAAGGCUGUAGUUUUGAUGGAAAUCGACUUUCAGAAAACCAGCAUGACUCUCCCAGUGUGUCAUCAGUGCUCCCUUGUUACAUGGCCUGGAUACCACAGAAUGCUUACGGACCAUAUUCUCCUGAAGAAUGCAUUUCUUUGCCAGUUUACACCAGUGCAGAGAGGGACUGUGUGGUGACAAACAUUGAUGUUCCAUGUGGAGGCAACCAAGAUCGAUGGAUUCAAUGUGGAGCUGGUUUAUUUUUGAAAAACCAGUAAGAGGAAAUUAGGUUGCGAAUGUCCUUGCUGUUAAUCACUGAGCUCAGGUAUCUGCAGAGAUAAUUUAAAACCUGAAUAUGAGAAGUCCAUAGAUGAUAUAAAUACCUGUACUUAAGGGCUCCUAUGGAUUUCUGGAUCACAUUGGGCAUAAAAUGUAUUGGACACAAUUCACUAGAAGUUCUCUGUGCAAGCUAAACUGAAGUGAAUAGUUUGUGUUAUUGCAUAGCUCUAGUUAGUCACAAUGGAAUAUUAACUAUAAUAUUCAUUUUGCAUACCUGCUAUUAAACUGAAUAAAGUUUGCACACCCCUUAUGACUCCUGGAUACUUUCAACUGGCAUUACUCAUUUAUGACCAAAACUUUAUUUAUAUGCUUUACCAAAUGCCAUCCAACUGUCUUUUGUUAAAUGCCAUACAAAUUACUGUAUUUCCAGGUAUAUGCUAUCACAAUCUUUUAUUUAGGUUUUGGCUUUAAAUUUCUUGCAUCCUUUUUCUUCCUCCAUCUUAUAUAUUUUCCUCUUGCAAUGAUCUGUCAUAAAAGGACAGUUUUAGAACAGUGAGAUAAGCCACUGUAUCUAAACAUCAGAAAUAUUCUGUAUGUAAAAAUUGAAAAAAGGUUGUGUUAAAAUCUAUUUGCUGCACACAAAUGUAUUGACAUAUACUGAAUUAUAUUUAUUAUACAGUUCUUAUUAAAUUCAGGUUUUUAACUUUA